UCGUCGUCGUUCUCAUCCUUUGUCAGCACCUCGAAAUGUUAUCCACUCCUCUGUGCCUGCGCGGGCACGGCUCUAGCGGUUCUGAAAUCAAACAAAUGAAAACUCUAGCCGUCAAGGUCAAGCUCAACAGCCCACACUUGUUUCUAGAUACUUAAGUUGUAUAUGUUUUCUGAGUUUUCACUUUCUGAUGAUUCUUGUCAGGCCAGCUCCAUGGCAGGCACCCUCCUCGAGUAGCAUAUGAAGCACAAAAAGAAUAAAACCAGAAAGAAAAAGUGAAAAAUUCGUUUUUUCAAGUAGAUUGUCGAACAUCAAUCUUGCACCCAUUUGCAAUGGUAUUUCGGUAUCACUAUCUUUGCUUCGUCGAGCACAUCUGGAUGUUGACAAGAAGAGGAAGCGUCUCGUCAGUCUUUUUCUUCGUCGUUAGAUCUAGUACGUUCAUUGAUGUGUUGUUUGCGCUUGCGGUCGGAACUGUGUCAUCUUCAAUGAACAAGAGCCGUAUUGUCGGUGCCGACAAUAAUGAAAAUGCAGAUAUCAACCUCACGCUCACGCGUAGAAGUUUCCUCGAGAAGAAGAAGUCGAGGGCGAAGGUCCUGCGUCGAGUUCGGCGUACUACAAAAAAAUGUAGUGGUGACGCUGAAGAUGAAUAUGAAACCGAUAAGAAGAACACAACGACCGUUACAAGUACGACGACACAGAGUAACCGCGCACCAGACACCAGCUCCGCGGGGGCCGCCAGCACAGUUACCCCAACUGUCACGCCGACGCCAGGUCUUCUCCCCGAGCUCGCGUUGGGAACGCGCAUCGCCAUCGAUGAGUGCAGCGGGGAAGCGAUAUCCGGCACCAAUCCCUGCGUCGUGUUCCUCAACUACGUUUCCUUCUCCCUGGAGGCCUGCGAGACCUACAACCCGAAUCGCUUCACGUUGAAGGCCUUUCGCACCGAAAACCGCCAAACGGACAUCGCGGAGCAAACGAGUGUCAAGUUUUUGCUUUACGACAGCGUCUUGUGGAAUCAGUUCAGCUUUGGAAUCCAAGAGAACUCCUGGUACUGGCGAGCCGAUCCAGCGGACCCGGGUUUUAACCAGGUGUCGAAGUCCCCCCCACUGAAUCCCGACAAUUGCGGCAACCAGCUCCAUUUUGUUUCCCAGUCCUCUGGGACGACGUUUGCUGCCGAUAACAGAAGCCAACCUCCUCCUCCUGAUUUGCGAGCGGAGCUGCGACGGUCCUUGGUCGAUGAUAGUGGGCCGGAGCGAGCGCCGGACUGCAGACGGGUGCUGAAUUUCCGGGUAGAUUCGACAUCCACCGCGGAAGACGGACUGCUCUACGUGCUUGUGGAGCGGAAGACGCCGGAAGAGCAAAAUGCCCCGACAAAGAACUGUGUAGGAUAUCUUACAAGGGAAAACGGGUAAUUGAAACGGGAUAGCGACUUUUCCAAAACUUUUACUUUGACUUUUGGCAAAGUCGCUAUUUUGAUCGUCGGCAAUUCAUGCUUUGCGACAAUUGUUUGGACCGUGCUGCCUUUUGCUGGUAAGUCCGCACUUUGGGAGUGGCAGAGCAUGAAAGGGCGGCACCUCUUCGCCGCGGCGUGUGCCCGCCAGCUGCCUGCCAUUUUGAUCGACGCCUCCAAGCAGGCUGCGGGAAAUGCCACCCGCCGCGCAUCGGACGGGCAGCGCCUCCGUGGUCGGUUGUUCGCGAUUAUUCGCGAGCGCUGUGGGGCCCUGUGCGCAUUUUGUGCACCUUUUGAAGUGGUGCGCGGGCGCUGGCCUUUGGCCUUUCAGUAUUCGCCCGGAUGUUGAUCGCCGCCUCGCGCUUCGGAAAUGCCGGGGCGCGUCGGCCCUCUUCGCCCUGAGCGCCUUUUAAAUAAGCAAUGGCACUGGCUGCCAGGGCCCGAAUGGGCGCGCCGCCCCGCCGCGGUGCCUUGGAUGGCACGCCGGCCGCGCGCGGUCCUACGUACCUUUAGCCCCCUACAUUCUGGCCCGCCGCUUGGCCAUUCUUACAAAAUAGAGGCCGUCGCGCCCCGGUAUUCUGUAUCCUGCCCGCCUUUCCGCGGUUACGCGACGCGACCGAAGCGCGCGCCAAAGAAAGGCGCCCCCCUUUUGCAAUCAACGGGCAGAGGCGGCUCCUCCGCUCGUCUCGCUAGCGGUGGCAGAAGUGUCAAGGGCCUGCGGUCGGGGGGCCACCCCGAUGGCCGGCGCGUGAUAUGGGUCUGUGGCGCGUUGUGGUGGCGCCACCUGUCUAUUUCUGUUGCCCGUCUAUUCUGCUUCGUCUGUUUGAACGAGAGAAGCAGAGAGGCAGCAUACCAUGCGGUCCGACGUCGGACCGCAUGGUAUGGCGCGCGAUGGUGGGCCGACCUCUCGCGCCAGGCCGUCCGUGCGUGCGGCGGGCGUCGCGAUGUGUGGCCGACCUCUGCCGGUUGGGUGGGCUUCCCCGGUGGGGUGUUCUUUGGUUCAGGAAAUGGAUAACGCAACUCCCCCGGGUGGCCCGCCCCACAAGCGAGCCGGCGGGCGGGGGCCCCGUGGCCCCUCUGGGUGGUAUGUUGCUCUCCAGCACGAGCCUGUGUGCCUGGGUGGUUUGCCUUCUCUUGUAAGAUGUACUGUAGCGACCCCGUGGGCCGGCUCUAUCUCUGCAGCUUUCCUGACAAGAACCGCCAAAAACGGCCGGGGGCUUGGGGCGUUGGCUCGCGUUUUUUCGCAUGUUGAAGAUGAAAAAAACCCAAGCGCGCCCGCCUGUUUGCUUUUGUCUUCAAUGAAUGCAGUCGCCGGCGGGCUCAGUCGGCCGCCGGUAGAAAGACUGAAAAAAUGACGUAGGGGGGCCGGCAAACGUGGCACCCUUCUCAGGCGUCGGCCGCGUGGGAUUCUGGCGCGCGACUUGGGGUGCCCAAAAGGGCGCCCCAAAAAACUCGCCCGAAGCCAGAACAGCGAAGCCGUAGGGCAGGGCCGCGAAACCGGGCGCGAAUCGAAAGCGGCCGCCCUUGUGCCGGGUUCUCAGCGGGGGGCGCUAGCUUUGCAAAAGGCGCGGGCGCGAAAAAUAACACACAACGCAAAAAAGAAGAAACGCGCCAAGCGCGCGAAGCCCGCCCGCAUCCUAUGGGCCCGCUUUUCCUUCGGUUUUUGGGCGCCCCCCGCGGUGCCCGGGUCGGCCCGAUAGCGUCGGGGUUGGCUUUCGGGAAGGCGUUUUGGCAAGUUGCCCAACGCCUGCCAUUUUCCCCAACCGGCCGCCAUACCGUGCGGCAUAACCUUACCCGCCCCGGCACGGCGGGCCCAGAAAAAGCAAAAACGUGGCGCGGGCAGAGGUCGGCGGGCAAAGAAGCGGCGCCGGCCUCAUUAUCUCCGCCCCGGCGGCUAUGUUUGGCGCAUUGAAGUAGGGGCGCAGCACGCCGCGCGGCCCGGCCUCGCAUGUUCCUGCGGGCCGCAUGGCGUGGCGCGCUUCGCUGGAGCUGCCCGCGCCUCACGUUUUGGCGUGGCGCCUUUCUUUUGGCGCUAGCUAGAGGCCGCCCGGCCUGCCCCUUUCUCUUUCAUAUUCGCCGUCCCCCCGCACUUACAUACAAAGCGCCGAGACCAUGCCGCCGCUCCAGAGUGCUCCGCCUAGGUCGCGGCGGCCUACCUUGCGCGGCCGGCUUUUCGCGAGUAGAAAGGGCGCCGGCGCAGCAGGGGCACGCGCGGGGCGCCCCUCACAUCUUGCUGCGCCGGCGCGCGCAAUAAGUUCGCCCAGGAGGCUCUGUCCCCAUUUUCGGGGAGACCGCCUCAGCCAUGUAAAAAAGGGGGGGGGCAGCAGGAUUCUGCGCAAGCCUGGCGGAUGCGCAGCCACGCCUUCAGGCUUUUCGGCUUUUGAGGGGGCGGCGAAAUCUUCUGUCUGAGUGCCGAAAAUCUGCCGAGAACUUGCCGAAAACUUUCCCCCGAACUUUCCCGAAACUUUCCCGCUUCGGGAUCAUUUUCGGACCCGAAAACUUUUGGUUGACUUUUCAACUCCCGGUCUGUAACUUUUGGUCGACUUUUAAACGGGAGAAUUUUUGGGGAAGGUUUCGCGGAAGGUUUUCGCCGACUUUUCGGGAAAGUCCGGGGGAAAGUUUUCGGCAAGUUCUCGGCAAAGUUUCCGGCAGAGUUUUCGGUAGAGGGUCGGAAAAGUUUCGCCGCCCGGCGCCUGCCCUUUGUUCCUGCCCGCCAGCCGGGCCGCCCUCGGGCGGCUGCCUUGCGCCCGAAAAGAGGCACAGCCUCCCGGCAGGCACGCCUGCGGUUAUUGCGCACGUAGCCAGGCAAGCGGCCGGCUCCGCCCCGGCGGGCGGCCGGCGCUAUGUUGUCGCAUGCGCCACCGGGCAGCGGAUUCACGCCCCGGGGGCGCCGGUGCGCGUGUCGCUCGCUUGCUGCGAACCAAGAGAGGGCGCCCGGGCUUCGGCGGUUGCUACCGACCCCCUGAACUUGGCGCGUUGCGCCGUUCGGGGCGCGUGCGGGGCAUGCGCUCCGCGUACUCCACACUUGCGGCGGCGGGCUCUUGGGGGCCCGGGCGCCGCUGGAGUUGGCGGUGGUUUGCCCAAACCCAUAGACGGAAGGAACACCCGGCCCGGCCGCGCCAGUCCUUCGCCCCCCCGCCCGCGACCGACCUAGACCGGGGCCGGCCACAGUGUGCCGGCAGGCAACAGCCGCGCGGGCGUGGCGCCUGUGCACCGCCGGGCCCGGGCGGGGGAGGCGGGCUUUUGGGGUGCCGAAGCGAUUCCGCCGCAUCCGCCAGGCGCCCGCCGGCCGGAGCCGGCCUGCCUGGGGGCCUCCCACCCUCUGAGUGGGGGGGGCGCCUGCAUGUUGGGCCCCGCCGGCCUGCCUGCGCGCCCGCCUGGAAUACCGGGCGGCGCCGCCGCGGGUCUACUUUCUACGUGCCGGCGGCCCGAUUGCCACCCAUCGUUCGUCUCGCCCUUCGCUCGCCCUGCGCCCCACCCUGUCGGCCGGGAUUGGGCGAUCUGCUUCGUCUCUAUCUGGUCAGCCGGGGCCUGUGCCUUUGCUGUUUCGCUUUUCCGACAAGCAUACCGUGCGGUCCGACGUCGGACCGCAUGGCACGCUCGACACCGUUUCGGGCGGGGCGAGCCAUAUUGGGGCGCCGGGCGAUGUGGUUGGUGCACGGGCGGAACUGCGCCCCUGCGUGCGACGUAGGGGAGGGGACGUCGUGGGGGCUUACUUACCCUCGGGGCCUGUUUGCUUGCUACGUGUGGGGCUGCCGGACGGUAAGCCGCUGCUGCGUGUGCCCAGCGUGCCAAAUAUAGCCUCCGUGGCGGAGGUGGUGAGGUCGGUGCCGCUGGCUGCCUUGCCCGCCGACCGUUGCCCUGGCCAGCCACUGCGUGCUUUUUCUGGGCCCACCGUGCCGCUUUUGGUAUGGCCAUGCCGCGUGGCUUGGCCGUCUUUUGGAGAGCAUGGCAGUUCUUUGCCAAAUUUUCAGAACCCCUGCCCGAAAGCCAGCCCCGGCGGCAUGGGGCCGAUCCGGGCGCCGCGGUGGAGCGCCCUAAAACCGAAGGCAAACCGGGCCCAUGGCAUGGGGAUUGGCCUCGCGCGCUUGGCGCGCUUUUGCUUUUCUGUGUUUUUUCUUUGCGCGCCGGCACCCUUUGCAAAGCUUCCGCCGCAUAGAAACCGGCGAAAAGGUGGGGGCCGCUUUCGCGGCCGGCCAAAUGCUCCGAACCAACGAAGCCCCGCCCGGCCCUGUCGUGCGGCUUCGCUUUUCUGAUUUGCCGCGAGUUUUUUGGGGCGCUCUUUUGCGCGCCCCAAAUCGCCAGAACCCCACGCGGCCGGCGCCUCAGGGGGGUGCCCCUUUUCUUUGUCGGCCCCCCUGCGUCGUUAGUAUUAUCAGUCGGCGACCGAUAGAGCCCGGCGCCGGCGGUUCGUUGAAGUCAAACAAAGCCCAACAGGCUGGCGCGCUUUGAUCUUCUUCAUGUGGAAGAGCGCGAAACAGCAGCACACACCGCCGGCAGCUUUUGGCCGGUGGUUGCUUUGCAUUCAGAAAGCUGCCAGGGUCGGGCCGUUUCGCGGUGGCGGCCCGCCGGCGGCAGGAGGCGCGGGCUGGCGCCGCGAUUCCGGGUGUUUGUGAGGCUUGGGCGCGCGCGUUUUUUGGCGAGGGCGCGCGUUGCCGGGUGCCCGGUUGCGUCGGGUUUAGGGUCUGGCGGACCGGCCCCCUUCCCUGUGUCGGUAGCCCUCCUCCUAGUCAGUUCCCGGGUAGGCCUUCCGGGCCUGGGGGGCGGGUGGGUGCGAUGGGCGGUCAUGGCCUUUUUCUUUAGGGCGCCCGCGCCGGCAGCCGUUGGCUGCGUGCGGUCGGCGGGUACCCGGCGCGCGCGCACGCUUCGGCGGGUGGAAAGGCGGUCGCUCGGGCUUCGCCGAUCACCCGCGGGACAAGAGGAGGCGUCGGCGCCCAAGACCUCGCAGGCGCCCCUGUUCUGUCGCUUGGAGUAUCUUCACUGCGUUUUUUCGUUCUGACUCGCUUUAUCAAAUCGUUUUCAAUACCCUGAAAUCCUGAAAAGUCAAAUGAAAAGUUUUGGAAAAGUUCGAAUCGCCCGCCAAUUAGCCGUUUUCCCUUGUAAAUAUCAAGGACUAGAAAACGGGUCAACUGACGUGAACGCAAAUGCCACACUGGCAGAGAUGCGGCCAGUGUCGCCGAUCACUCUCGCUUCUAUCACGCCUGCACCGACAAGCUGAG